CUGGAAGGGGCUGAUAGCGUAAGAUAUAGCGUCAGCGAUGGCAUUCCGUGUGACUGCUGUGCGUUCGUGGCAGGUUUGACUCAUAAUGGCACUGGUAGAGCGCGACCUGACGAUUCGCUUUGCGGGUGACGGAGCGGCAGGUGCGCCACUCGUCAUCAAGGAGAGCGUCGCGCGGCUGUUCAAGUACUUCGAGUCGGUGAGGAAGAAGGGUACGAGGGUGGGAGGCAGAUCGCUGAUGCAUUCUGGUGGUCUGUAUUCCUGCAGAUGUUAGACGGCCCGUUCAUAGAGGGCCAGGAGGGCGAGAUCUGCUUAGAUGGGCUGGUCAGCAGGCGCACCGCUGAAGUGGUGCUGCGCCCCGAGCCCGACAUAGUCACGGCCAUCACGAAGGACACCUUCAUCGAGGCGCUCGUCGCCCUCGAUUUCUUCCAGUUCGAGUGGGACAGCGACACACGUCGGGUCACUGGGCAGAGCCUGCUCACACGGAUCCAGCGAAAGGUAUGCGAGCAGAGCAAGGAGGUUGUGGCAAACCACACUGGGGCAAGGCACCUCUCUACUCCUGAAUGGGUGUAUGUAUCUUGCAUGCCCUGCAGGCCCUGCUGUGCGGCCGGCUCGAUGACGCAGACAUCGCCAACGGGCUACUCGACAGCUUCGGUACACACGGCACGCAACAACAUCCCCUGUUGUGAGAGGGCGUGAGAGAUCGAUGCAAUGAUACCCCCAUCAAUGCUACCCCCUGUGCUGUGCUACCCUGUUAUGAUGGGUGCGGUGCAGGCGACAACGCGUGUGUGGCCGAGCUCAUCCUCGGGAGCGAGGAUGUGCCGAGGUGUCUGGCGCCGUGGCUCAUCAACAGACCGUUGGUGAUUCAGGAGCACUGGCAGCGGAGACUCGGUCACGAAUGGCAGUGGCAGCGGUGCUCCCACGCGGCGAUCUGGCUGCUUAGCGGUAUUGCGAGGGCGAUCUCCCAUGGCCAGUUUGACGUGUCGAGGCAGCAGCUGGAUGACUUUCUCACCGCUGCCACCGGAUCGUCAACCAUCGCAGAGGCGCAUGGUCAGCCCAGAGCAAAAUCGUGUGCACAAAUGUAUGUAUGUCCUUCUUUGCAUCUGUCCUUUUCCAGCCAGUGUGUGGGAAGAGCCGACCUUAUCGUGGUCCCUGGAUAUCAUCGACCUGUACCCCUUCGACGACAGCACAGACCACCCCCUCGUCACCGACCUGCCCUCCGUCAUCCUCACGGCAGGCGGGUACGAUGAGGAGGGGCACAACCCUGGCUUCGGCCUCGCCCUCGAGCCCUCCCGCCCACCCGAAGACACAAUGGUGUCGGAGGUCAGGACCUGGUCGGUCAGCCUGACGAGCUGCCAGGAGCACGCGAGCCGAACGCGAUUCGCCGACUGCUUCGGCGCGUCGUCGGUCGUGUUCGAGGUGGACGUGCCCGACAGCGGUGACCCGGCGAGAGUGGUGGUGCUGCACGAUGCGGCCAACGCUGCUUGUGGGAUCGACUCGGACCCCGCCAGCUCUGUCACAGGCUUCGGUGUCACAUUGCUGCAGGCCAACAAGGGCAUGGCCUUCACCGUCGACAACCUGACGCCCGAGGCACUCCAAGAGAUGGGGGUGAGGGAGGUGACUCUCAAGGACGUGCGGAUGAAGGUGUGGAUCCCGCACUUCCCCAUGCGGGCGCUGUCGCUGCACUGCCUGCGCAAGUGCGUCGAGGACAACCACUGGGAGGGCGUCGCACAGAUGGCCAGGUACGCACGCACGUGGACAGAGAGAGAAUCAAUUGACGCGUCGCUUUUCCCUUUGUGUGUGCAUGGUUCAGUGCCAUCGAUUCGGAGGUUGCCAAGUUGCUGCUGGUGCACCUGUCACACACGAAGCCCCGCCCAUACGCCCUCAUGGCCUCGUGGGCGAAGGGCAUCCGCGGCGCACCGUCGGUCGACAAGUGGACAUGGGACGAGCUGCAGCACGCCCUACCCAACCCGCCACGGAUCGAGCACCACAUUGCCGACAUCCCCGCGCUGAUCCCGUCGGUGCUGCCGAUGCUGGACGACCACCAGCGGAAGGCCUUGUGGUCCGCAGUGUCAGCAGGGACAGGCCACCGGCCGCUGCACCUCGUCAAGGCCCUCAUGGAAUACAUGACAGCCAAGGAGGUAUGUAAGGGUCGAUGGGCGGCUGCACUCGCUUCUGUGUCGACAGAGUGUGUUCUUGUGUGUUCCAUCCCGUGUGCAGGCAGAGUUGCGUUCGGUGCGUUUGGAGUCGCUCAGGCAGCAGCAGACGGCCACGGAGGCCGCACACUGGUCGGGCAAGCUAGAAGACAUUGACGGGUACGCUGCAACGCCCUUACACACGCGCACACACAGGAGCUGACACGCCCACGAAUUCACGCUCGUUGGUGGUGGGUGUUGGUGGGUGUCUCAGGCUGCAUGACGAGCUGCACCAGGUCAAGGAGGCGAGAGAGGCCAUCGACAAGGGCGGUCGAUCGCCGACCCCACUGACGGCCGCCAUCACCAACGACCUGCCCAUCUCGCGUCAGCUACACAAACGGGCCAAGAGGAGAGCACUGCAUGGUCCAUCUCAUCUGCCGCGGUGCUGUUGUCCUCUUCCUUCCAGAUGGGAUGCGGCUCCUCAAGCAGCACCUGCAUCAGAUCGACGAUGAGAAGAAACAGGUCGGCCUUGACUGACAGGAAUGUUGUAGGCAUUGCAAUGCACGUGACAUGUCAAUUGGCCCCACGAGUAUCUGUGUCGUGUGGUGCAGAUGGCUGUAGAGGUCGAUAGGCUUCGGUGCGAAAUCGACUCACUCAAGCAACAGCACCAGCACCAGGUGGGUAUUGACGCACUGACACCAACACCUGCGGGCCUCACCCUGUGUGUCACCUCUGUGUGUGUGUGUGACGGCUGCAGGUAUCGGGGCCGGCCAGCGGGUUGCCCAGCCACCUACCAUCGCCGCGAGAGGACCACCUCGACACAUCCUUCACAUCGGCACCAUCACCAGCACAGCAUUGGGUGUGGCCUCCGCACGAGUAGCCAUAGCACACAUACACUUAGACAGACCGACCGCAGUGAGUGGGCAGCCAGUGGGGGGCGUGUCACUGCAUGAGUGGAGUGGAUGGAUGCAUGGAUUGGUUUGUGCGCUUUCCCCCCUUGCUGUCGACUCACUGGCAUGGCUGUAUGUUCUCUUCUCGCCUGACUCUACUAUCUACUAUGUUGGCUCCACGGCGCACCUGCAUGCGAGGCACAUGGAGCACAUGCACAAAAUGCAUCAUCCUUUUCCGACCGAUGUGCGUGUGCGUGGCUCUGCUGUGCGUCAGCCAGUGAGGCUAGAGAGGAGAUAUCGUGUGUGGCGGCGGCACAACGCCGACUCACUUCACUUUCUCCCUCUCCUUCCCCACCGGCAGCUGCAUGUUGUGCGUGAGAUUGAGCGUUCCAUUUUACAUGCAUACCAGCCGAAAGGCAAUGUGUACGACAAUCCAUGCCCACACUUUGCUGCGAGGGCUUUUCACGUUGCCUUGGUGGGUGGUGGUGUGCACAGAGGCAGGCCUGGCUCCUGGCGGCGCCGACGCAUGGACAGUGGCUCUCUCUCCACUCACUUGGAUGCCAAUAUGUACAGAAAAGGGCUAGAGUCAUCGCUAGUUGACCGCGUUGUAUGUCGGUUGCGUCGUGUGCCCCCCUCUGUGCAUGCGCCCCCUGGCUUUGACCCCCUCCCUGUGCACGAGCCGUGGCAGCCUGCUGAGCUACUCUGCCUCUCUCUCCCCAGCCCUUUUGCCCUUAGCAGACACACAUGGCGGUGGGGUAGCUACAGUCAGGCGUCGCAGGCAUGGCAAGAGCGGCAUCCAGGUCGUGCAAUCGACCUGUAUUCUGACUCGAGCUGUGCUCCGCUGCUAGUCUGUUUUGCGGCCCAGAAGGGGACACAUGUUGAGUGGAAGCGGGUGCCUGACGACUCUCUCUUCCGUCUCUUGCGCUUGGGGUAUCGGUUGCGUGUGUGGGGGAGGCGGAUGCACUUCCUGCGCCGCCUGAAAGGUGUCUUUAAGCACCGUAAUCUAGUCUGGCCUGAGCGUACCAAGCUGCGUGUGCCUGCGAGUAUCUUUGUUGCUGCCCGUUUACGUGCCCAUUUGCGUGAUUUGGUUCUUGCUCAAGGGGUGGGCAGCGAGAGGUGUCGUGCUGUUUUGUCGAGCACAUCUUUGUGCAAUUCACCUGCCCGGUCAUAUCGGCGGGUGCUAUGCAAUCACAUUGCAUACGCCAAGAGUGUCAGCGAGGAAGAGAUAGCGAUGGCCGACACGUCGUUUCCCCUGCCUAAUGGUGCGUGUGCGCGCAUAGAGGAUAACAUGGCUCUUCCUGCGAUGCAUGAGAUGCACAGAGAGCACCACGCCCUGGAGAGAGAGCUGCGUGUAUGGGUGGACACGAAUGCGAUCGAUUUGCCUGCCUCUCUCCUCUCCUCCAUAGUGACGGACUGCUCGCUACCGUCGAAGUACAUCACUAAGGAGGAGAUGGAGGUUGCAGAUCGUAUCAAUCGUGUUGCCGGCGAUGUGAGUGAAGGGCGUAUAUGCGUACCGUUGGAUAAGAAC